AUGACAGUUUUGAAGAGUAAUAUCUUGCUUUUGGCCAUCUUUGCCGUCGCUGGGAUUCUAUUUUCCGGUGACAAAAACAUGGCUGUUGGGCAAGCUUGCCAAGGUGACAUGCAGGGAUUGAUAACUCAAUGCGCUCUGUUCGUGCAGAAGAAUGUGCCAAAGAUGAACCCAUCUCCAGGUUGCUGUGGCGUUAUCAAGUCGGUGGACAUUCCGUGCGUAUGUCAGCAUAUCACCAAGGAUAUUGAGCAGAUGAUUGACAUGGAGAAAGUGGUCUUUGUGGCGCAGUACUGUGGCAGGCCACUAGCCCAGGGGACCAAGUGUGGAAGCUACACAGUCCCCCCGUGA